UCUCUCUCACGGAGCUUUGGUUAUUUUUCCUGUUAUCCAAACAGGGCGCUUCGAAGCAUUCGGCAAUGGCGCUCACCGUGUCGUCCCUCGCUUCCUCCCUCUCCUCCCUCUCUUUCUCCUCCCAGGUCUCCAGCAAGCCCACGGCCCUCUCCUUCCCCCGCUCGACACCCCUCUCCGUUUCGCUCCGGCACCGGCCGUCUUCCCUCUCGAUCACCGCCACCGCCGCCGAGCUCGAGACCGCCGACCUCAAGAAGUACGUGAAGUCGCGCCUCCCAGGCGGGUUCGCCGCCCAGACUAUUAUCGGCACAGGUCGCCGGAAAUCCGCCAUUGCUAGGGUCGUCCUCCAGGAGGGCACCGGGAAAGUCAUCAUUAACAACCGUGACGCCAAGGAGUAUCUUCAAGGUAACCCAUUGUGGCUUCAGUAUGUGAAGGUCCCAUUAGUGACCCUCGGCUAUGAAAGCAGGUAUGAUGUGUUUGUGAAAGCUCAUGGAGGUGGCCUCUCGGGUCAGGCUCAGGCAAUUUCCCUUGGCGUUGCUCGUGCUUUGCUUAAGGUGAGCGAGGGCCACAAAGCACCUCUGAGAAAGGAAGGGCUCCUCACCAGGGACUCAAGGGUCGUCGAAAGGAAGAAACCCGGUCUCAAGAAAGCCCGUAAAGCUCCGCAAUUUUCCAAGCGUUAAGGUUGGAAUUUAUGUGCCCUCAUUUGUUGAAAUUUUUUGUGUUUUCCCUCACUUCGGGCGAUGGUGAAUGGUGGUCCUUUCCCGUGCACUGGCCCUUGUUUGUAGAUCUGUGUGUUUCCAUUUGUCUGAGAGAUAUAAGCCAAUUUGUGCUGAUGCCGUUAGUGGUUGGCAGAUGAUCAGUAUAGAUGCUCAAAGCAUGCGCCAAAUUCUAUGUUAUUUGAUCUUAGAAUAUGUGGAUUGGAAAACCAAAUUCCUAUUUUCGGAAUUCAUGAAUGAAGGAAAGAAGGAUGUGUAGUGGAG